GUCUGUCUAGCCAUGCAGCGUCUCUAUCGUACGGUGGGCGGAUCUAGAAGAAAGAUGUCGGCCCCCUCAGAUACGUUUGAGCCACAGGCUUCAGGGGGUCCUCAACCACCAGUGUGUCUGUUGGUGUUGGGAAUGGCGGGAUCCGGAAAAACCACUUUUGUACAGAGACUGUCCGGACACCUGCAUAGCCAGGCCUCUCCACCUUAUGUGAUCAACCUGGACCCAGCUGUGCAUGAAGUUCCUUUUCCUGCCAAUAUUGACAUUCGUGACACUGUGAAGUAUAAAGAAGUCAUGAAACAAUAUGGUCUUGGGCCCAAUGGUGGCAUAGUGACUUCACUCAAUCUCUUUGCUACCAGAUUUGAUCAGGUGAUGAAGUUUAUUGAGAAGGCCCAGAACAUGUCUAAGUAUGUCUUGAUUGACACACCUGGACAGAUUGAGGUAUUUACCUGGUCAGCUUCUGGGACAAUCAUCACUGAGGCCCUGGCAUCCUCAUUUCCAACAGUUGUCAUCUAUGUAAUGGACACAUCACGAAGUACCAACCCAGUGACCUUCAUGUCCAAUAUGCUCUAUGCAUGCAGCAUCUUGUAUAAAACCAAGCUGCCUUUCAUUGUGGUCAUGAAUAAAACUGACAUCAUUGAUCACAGCUUUGCAGUGGAAUGGAUGCAAGAUUUUGAGGCUUUCCAAGAUGCCUUGAAUCAAGAGACUACAUAUGUCAGUAACCUGACUCGUUCCAUGAGCCUGGUGUUAGAUGAAUUUUAUAGUUCACUCAGGGUGGUGGGUGUCUCUGCGGUUCUGGGUACAGGCUUAGAUGAACUCUUUGUGCAAGUUGCCAGUGCUGCAGAAGAGUAUGAAAGGGAGUAUCGUCCUGAAUAUGAACGUCUGAAGAAAUCACUGGCCAGUGCACAGAGUCAGCAGCAGAAAGAACAACUGGAACGCCUUCAGAAAGAUAUGGGCUCUGUGGCCUUGGACACAGGGACUGCCACAGGUAUGGGAGCUUCUCUUGGAGUCAGGAACUAA